UUGUUCCGAGACUUCCAAAGACCCCCGCGCAAUAACAUGUAAUCCUGGAGCCAUCGGAAUGUCACGACCGGCUCUCACAGCACCCCAGCCUCAGCCUCAGCCGCCACCUGCGCCUGAUUUUCACCAGUACGCUUGUCUACGCUGUAGGUCACGCCGUGUGAAGUGCGACAAGAUUCUCUUUGGAUGUGCCAAUUGUGCCAGUCAUGGAACACAGUGUGUCUACUCAUCACGCCGUCCCCGGAAGCCUCGAAAAAUUGUACAAGAUCAACCGACAACCAAAAGGCCGUUACUACCAGCUUCAACUUCUCCGCCAGUAUCUCAGGACACCAACGAAUUUCGAGCCGAGCUUUUAGGUACUGAUCGGCUCUCUGAACGCUUUCUAGCGGCUUGUGAGCAGAGCGAUGACGAGUGCGACGACGCCGUUAUCCCUCGGGAGCUGAACGAUGCGACGUUCAGGGUCAAAAACGAUACCACCAAUUCGGAUCGUGGCAGAUUGUUUGUCGGUCCGCAAGGCAAGUCUCGUUAUAUCAACGGUGAGAAGGUCAAGCAAGUAGCCUAUCUCGAGACAGUCCUUUCAAUUGAACCAUGUGAAAACCAACACGAAAUCGUGGAGCCGGCAUCGCUGAAUCGGAGCGACAAUCUGAAUGCGACAUCACUAUUGACUACAUUACACGGAAAGCGAGAUCUGCACACGUGCCAUCCACCCGCUGAGAUCAUGCAUGUAAUUUGGGACUACUACUGCCUCAACGUGGAUGUCAUGGUGAAAGUGCUGUAUAAGCCCGCGGUGCACUCCCUAGUCAUGCGGGCUUCGAAAGACCUGCCUUCCGUCCAUUCUGCCACUGAAGCACCUCUCCUCUUCUCUAUUUGGCUUGCCACCGCUACUUCUAUGUCCGCUGAAGAGUGCUGGAAACUACAUGGAGAAAAAAGAGGAGCUCUUAUUCGUAAAUACAGAUGCGCGCUUGAAGAAUCCCUUGCGGAAGCAGGGUGGAUGACUACUCAAGAUAUCCUUGUUCUCCAAAGCCUCACGCUCUACCUGGUCUUCGCUUCUGCGAACUCGCGUUCCACAUGGAUAUUGAAUGGAAUUGCUCUCAGUCUCGCCCAAGCGAUGGGCAUGCACUCGGAUAGCUCGUCAUUCUCUCUGAGCGCGAUUGAGACUGAAGUCCGUCGCCGUAUCUGGUGGAUACUGUGUCAAACAGAUGUUCGAGUCUCAGAGAAUUGCGGCCUGCAGUCUCAUGUGCCCUUCACUAUGGACACCGAGCUUCCUAUGAAUAUCAACGACUCGGACCUCAUUUCAGCCAACGAGAAGUCCCUUAGUUCACGUAAUCACUUCACGGAAAAUACGGUGAGCCUCGUUAAGAUUGAGAUGACGCGGACUAAGCUACAGUUCAUUCGCUCGACGAUGAGCACAGAGGAGAAAGAGAAAUUAAUACGAGAUCAGCUGCAAAGAUACGAAGACACGUAUCUCAAGUACUACGAUGGGCAUUUGGAGCUCCACCGUCUCUACUAUCUCGGAACUCGGCUUAUAAUGGCCAGACUCUGGAAGAUGAUACAUGAUGCUACAGACCGCAGAUCGGAUGACGAAAGCCUUCAGGAGCCGCUAAUCUUAUGGAACUCGGAUGUACUGGAGAUGGCGCAUCAGUUGCCAUGCAAAUACCGACAACACGGCUGGUUCUUUCGUUGCAAAUUUACGCAAUGGCAUGCCGCGGCCUACCUUUUGAUCCAAAUGUGUAAGCACACCAAAGGACCUGCCGUGGACCGCGCUUGGGAAGUCCUCGAUGUUGCAUUCGCCGACUGGCAUGAAGAUCUGAUCUCACGGAAUCCAGAGGAUUUUGGGCAGCUCAGCAAUACCGUCAAGGCCUUGUGGCAGCCUUUGUUGCGACUCCGUGAGCGUGCCCGGGAUAUCAGAAGACAAGCACUAGAAUCGCGAGCAUAUUCAGUGUCGACUAAUACGCCGUCAGCACUCAGCACAGGACAUGAGGCCAGCAACUCGACACCUGAAGAUCUUCCACAGUCAAUCCAGCUAGAAGAUGGUCCGAUAGGCGACCCAUUCUUCGGUUCGGUUGAAGAUUUGUACAAGGAGAUGAACUGGGAACAGCUUGAUGAUUGGGUGCAGAACUUUCAAGAAGGCCUCGACCAACAAAAUAUACCGUACAAAGACACGGAUGUGAUGGGAGCUCUAAAUUGGUGGUAGUAAAAGUGUGGAUCGAAAGGCAGAACGGCUCCUGAAGCCGGACAGCUUGUCUGGAGAUUACGGGAACCAUCAUCCGCGCUCGCUGUUUCGCUGUUUGGCUCGUUUUCGAACCACUAAGAACCCCAGACAGAAGACGCUAUGUUAGUAAACAUAGACGACGAUUCCUCAGCCGAACCCCAAGAUGGCUAGCGUCUUCGCUCUUUCCUGGCCAAUCACAAUGCAGACGCACUUUCACGACCUGAUCAAAAG